AUGUCGAAGAGAACAGCUGAACAGGUGGGUGUUAACCCAGGUCGUGCUACGUUUCCAAAAACAGCUUCUGGAGACCUUCCUGCUUCUACAACGCUCAAUCAGAACAAUGAGAACGACCUUGCAAAUGAUGUUGAGAUGGGCGAAUUUGAAGAUCCAUAUGGAGACGAUUUUGAGAGUGAUGGAGAAAUUAUUCAAAUAAAUUCGGAGCAAGAUGACAAUGACGACGAUGGCGUGGUAGGAAUCGACAACCCUGAUCCUCGCAAUAUAAUCAAAGAAGACUACCAACUUGAUAUAAAAGAACAAGCCAAAGGUCAAGACCAGAAAAACCAACCAUCAAUAUAUUUGCCCCAUAAAUCCAAGCCCCUAGGUCCUGACGAGGUCAUGGAAGCUGAUCCUACUGUUUAUGAAAUGCUCCAUACAAUUAACUUGCCAUGGCCCUGUCUCACAUUGGAUGUGGUUCCCGAUAACUAUGGAAAUGAAAGAAGAUCCUAUCCUGCAAAGAUGUAUAUUGCAACUGCGACCCAGGCUUCAAAGGCCAAGGAUAACGAGUUGUUGCUAUUGAAAUUGUCUCAAUUGUCAAAGACUUUAGUUAAGGACAACGACGAUGAGGAGGGUGAGGAUAUGGACGAGGAUAACGAUAACAACAUCGAUAUUGAUCCGAUAAUGGAGAGCGAAUCAAUCAGAUUGAAUACCACGACCAAUAGAAUAAGAGUGUCGCCCUUUGCCAGUUUUAACGUAAACUCAAACUCAAACUCAAAUAAUAAUAAUAAUAAUAAUAGCUAUCUAACUGCCACAAUGUGUGAAGAUGGAGAUGUUCAAAUUUUUGAUCUUUCAAAUCAUUUGAAAUCAUUUGACACUCCAGGUUUCAUGGUUCCCAAAAGAUUCAAAAGACAAAUCCACACAAUAAGAAACCAUGGGAGAUUGGAAGGCUAUGGACUUGACUGGUCUCCAUUAUUGGCCAAUGGAGCAUUACUCUCUGGAGAUAUAACAGGCCGAAUUUAUUUUACUCAAAGAACAACCAGCAACUGGUUCACCGACAAGACACCAUUUCAAAUAAACGACAAGUCAAUUGAAGAUAUUCAAUGGUCUAAAUCUGAGAAAACAGUUUUUGCAACAGCUGGCUGUGAUGGUUAUAUCAGAAUCUGGGAUACAAGAUCUAAAAAACACAAACCUGCUAUAUCAGUCAUGGCAUCCAAUACCGAUGUCAAUGUGAUAUCGUGGUCAAACAAAGUAGAUUUUUUAUUAAGUUCUGGCUAUGAUGAUGGUAAAUGGGGCAUUUGGGACUUAAGAUCAUUUAAUGGGAAUAAUAAAACCCACAGUCCAUCACCAGUAGCAGAAUAUGAUUUCCAUCAGUCUGCUAUAACAUCAAUCAACUUUAAUCCAUUAGAUGAAAGUAUUAUUGCAGUCGCGAGUGAGGAUAAUACAGUGACAUUAUGGGAUUUAUCAGUUGAAGCAGACGAUGAAGAAAUUAAACAGCAAAAUUUGGAUAAUAAAGAUCUAAAGGAUAUUCCACCACAGCUAUUGUUUGUUCAUUGGCAAAAGGAUGUUAAAGAAGUCCAAUGGCAUAAACAACUACCCGGGUGUUUGGUAUCUACAGGAGGAGAAGGAUUGAAUAUUUGGAAAACCAUCAGUGUUUAA